AGGGCCCUCGUGCCUUCACCAACACCUGGGCACCGCGCCCCCGGGCUCCGUGCAAGCUUCUGCGGACCCGGGGGCGCACGUGGGGGCAGGGAGAGAGACGAGAGGCGCGCGUAGUUUCCGAGUGCGAAGGGCUCCGAGAGACGGAGCGCGGGGCUGGGGACAGGACCGGCGACUUCAGGAUUUACAGAUGGAUCCAGCGGAAAAGACAACAAACAGAAGUGAACAAAAAUCCAGAAAGUUCCUGAAAAGCCUCAUCCGGAAGCAGCCGCAGGAGCUGCUGCUGGUCAUCGGGACGGGCGUCAGCGCCGCCGUGGCCCCCGGAAUCCCCGCCCUGUGCUCCUGGAGGAGCUGCAUCGAGGCGGUCAUCGAGGCGGCCGAGCAGCUGGAGGUGCUGCACCCCGGGGACGUGGCGGAGUUCCGCCGCAAGGUGACGAAGGACCGGGACCUUCUGGUGGUGGCGCACGACCUGAUCCGGAAGAUGUCGCCUCGUACAGGUGACACCAAGCCCAACUUCUUCCAGGACUGCCUGAUGGAGAUUUUCGACAACCUGGAGCAGCACAUCCAGAACCCGCUGGUGCUGCAGUCCAUCCUCAGCCUGAUGGAGCGGGGCACCAAGGUGCUGACCACCAACUACGACAACCUGCUGGAGAUCUUCGGGCAGCAGCAGAGCAAGCCCAUGGAGUCUCUGGACCUGAAGGACAAGACCAAGGUCCUGCAGUGGGCCCGGGGGCACAUCAAGUACGGCGUGCUCCACAUCCACGGCCUGUACACGGACCCCUGCGGCAUGGUCCUGGAUCCGUCGGGCUACAAGGACGUCACGCAAGACCCAGAAGUAAUGGAGGUCCUCCAGAACUUGUACCGCACCAAGUCCUUCCUGUUCGUGGGCUGCGGAGAGACACUCCGGGACCAGAUCUUCCAGGCCCUGUUCCUGUACUCGGUGCCCAACAAGGUGGAGCUGGAGCACUACAUGGUCGUGCUCAAGGAGAACGAAGACCACUUCUUCAAGCACCAGGCAGACAUGCUCUUGCAUGGGAUUAAAGUCGUGUCCUACGGGGACUGUUUUGACAACUUUCCUGGCUACGUGCAGGACCUCGCCACGCAGAUCUGUAGGCAGCGCAGCCCAGAUGCUGACCGAGUGGACAGCACCACACUGUUGGGGAACGCGUGUCAGGACUGUGCCAAGAGGAAGCUGGAGGAGAACGGAACGGAAGUCUCCAAACGGCCUCGGCAGUCGGACACGGCAUCUUCUGCCCCCGUGACUGUGACAGCUUCUCAAAUCUGUAGACACACUAGGGGCUUCCCGGGGUAUCUGACUUGACUUCAUUCCGGAAAACACUGGGACUGAGGAUUUUCAGAUAACAGUUUUUAAUUCCUUUAAAUAAGAAAAUCUCAGCACAGUGCUCUCCGACUGCUCUCUGAUAGCGCGUUGAGAACGUCUAGGGCUGUGAAGCACGUCACCUGUCGGUACCUGUCACUCAGCGUUUAACCGAGCGUUCGGGGGCGUGUUUGAGCGGCCUGGGAUGCGGCGUCUUCCUGCCGCAGCACAAGCAGCUUGUACCGUCCUAAUGGUCUGUUGCGGCUACAGAGUUCGCCGAGGAGGCCGGGGACGCUGAGAGCCAGCUCUGGGAGCGGCUGCGCGCAGUGUCGCUCCCGGUAGGCCUGGUGGCAGGAGGCCACUGAGGCACCCCUGCGGCAGGCCCUCCCGCAUGCAGCCCUGUGGGGAGGGGCUGUUGGAGCAGCAGUCCGAGCUCUUUCCGGUCUUCGGCGGGUACCUGGUGUGGGAAUGCAGCCGGCAGGGACAUCUGUAACCAGGUCAGAUGAAGCCGGUGAGGUGAGCUUGCACUGGCUUCCUCCAGGACAGGUGGCUGUUGUCGGCAGCCUCUCUCCUGCCCCUUGCUCUCGUCCCGCCUGGGACCGCUGGGCCACUGAGCGAAGCAGGCAGACGUGUCUGUUCUCAGCCUGCGGUGCAGCUGCUGUGUCUGCGCGCCUGCCCUCCGGCCGGCCCCGGGGCGCGUGGCACUGUGGCCAGAGAGCCAGUGGGGCUCCAGGGUAUCCCCCGGUGCCAGCAUCCCCCGCCACCGCCACUUCUCCCCGGGCAGGCAUGUCCCCUUCUAGAAAGCCUUCCGGGUCCCCAUGGGCCGGAGCGCGAGGAGGAGUGUGGCAGGCUGUCGUCUGCUCGGCUGUCCCGCAGUGCGCGCCUCCCUGCCCUUCGGCGGGCUCCUGCCAUCGGCAUGGUGACAUGCCCCCCCCGUGGGCUGACCCCCGCAGUCUUCUAGGAAGGGAAGGGGCACCCCACCUGUGGGCCGGGACUCCCCAAUGGCGUGUACAAGUCAGAGCCACGUCUAGGCGGCGGUGGCUGCUGUCCGGAGUCACUUUGAAAGCGUUUAGCAGGAAGAAAAGCUGUAGAUUGUUCCGGAACUAGAUCCUUUUGGAAGUACUCCUUCAAGCCGAGUUUAACAUUUCUGUAUCCCUUUUUUU